AUGUUGGAUUUGCCUUUAUCCGAUGAAUGUGAAAGGUUCAAGCAAAUUAUUAAAAACUCGGGGUUGUAUACUGUUGCCGAGAAUUCAAUGUUGGAACAUGAUCGGGUGGCUAUAUCGGAGUCCGUGGAGAGAUUUUAUCCUGAGACCGACACCUUUCAUAUGCUGUUUGGGGAGAUGACGAUUACCCUGGAUGAUGCUUUGCAAAUUCUUAGACUCCCUGACCAUGGAACAGCUGUGAAGUAUAGUUACACAAAGCUUUGUAGUUGGGAAAAACUUUAUGAUUUGACUAAAAAGUGUUUUGGUUGGGAUGAUGCGACAUCAAAAAUUGAGUUUGGGGGAUACGCUGCUUACAGAACUAGACAGUCCAACAUGGGUCAUUUGAUGACUAUGUUUAAAGGCACCUUGAAGAAAGAAAAGGAAGGAACUUUAACUGAUGAUCAAGUGAACUACGCGGACACCGCAUAUCUUCUAUGUGUAUUGGGAUGUGUUAUUUUCCCAAAUGCUAGUAGCAACCGGGUCGACGCUAACCUUCUACAACUAUUGCAUUCUCUAAAUAAAGUCCAUGAGUACUCUUGGGGCACUACAUGCCAUGCAUUCUUGAUGGAAGAGUUGAGAAAGGCGUCGAGGCGAGGAACUAGCCAAAUUGCUGGGAACGUGAGCCUACUCCAGGCGUCGAGGCGAGGAAUUCCAGAGAACGUUGAGUGGCAGAAAGAUAAUCCUAGAGGAACAAAGUACGUCUUCGAUGACAACCGUUCUAGGACAAAGGAGCAGCAGUUGGUUCGCAUGAGGGAGGUUUUGGAUUCGAUGCAGUCCUCAUACGUAUUCUUUGAUCCAUACAAGGGAUACCGAGAUAGUGGACAUAUAGCUGGUCGGUCCAAUUUGACCCUUUAUUUUGGACCGUUGUGGCUCCCCACAUGA